GCUCUUAUCACUAUCUAGGUAGUGAUUAUAAUCCUGAAUGGUGUGCUCGUCGGUCUCCCUAAUAAUCCUAUUGGUAUGAUGAGCGUACCGUUCAGACGGCCAAUCCAAGUUAACCCGAUUCCUGCAUUACCUACCGACCUAGGUACCUACGUAAGGUAAGUUAAAGGUUUUAUCAAACGCUUGAUGGAACAGAGAUAGGUACUAUCAAACCAGGGCGUUCCAGAACACCAUACGAUUAACCAAGUUUAACCGACGUUAAUAACUGCCAAUCUUAUGCCUAAUACCUAAUUCAAAGCAAAUGAAGUAUGCAUAGGAGGUACCUAUAUAGAACCCAGGAAGGAAAAGAAAAGUCAUAAGAUGUAGUCUAUAUAGUUUACGUCGUCCCGGGUAUUCGAACCCUUUAAUUUUCUCGUAUUAUCUUCCCCCACUUCUACGAUGUCUAGCCUGCUGCAAAAGGGCAUGAAGUCCGUCUCCCGAAACGUUCGUUCCUCCGCUACGGUGACAUCGAACGAAGGGAAAAAUUGUGGAAGCCACCAAUUACCCGACAAGGCUCGCCAUGGAAUUACACCGAGCCGGUGGGCUUAAGGGGGUUGUUGUUAUAUAAUGUGAGAUGGGGGAGUGGGAGACCGGCGUAGCUGGGAGGACUACCUAUGUACGUAGCCGCACAUCAGAGCCGAAUAGCUGCAUAGCUGCCCGCGGUUAGAUAGCCAACGACGAAAUAUGAAGCCUUUUUCACUAUUGUGGGCCUACGCGGCAACCAGCGUCCUGGGCGCGUCGUGGAUUGCGCCGGGUGCUGUGUGGUACGAUACCGACGGGAACAAGAUCGAUGCGCACGGAGGAGGUGUGGUGAAGCGCGGCGAUACCUUCUACUGGAUCGGCCAGGCGGCUAGCAACCAAACGCCGAACCUGUAUUCGUCCACGGAUCUCAUCAACUGGAAGAACCUGGGGAAACAAGCGAGCUCGGUGACGGGGAUGUGGCGGCCGAAGAUAGCAAAGCCGAACGGUUCGUUUUGGUUGUAUGGCCAGCAAGACCGUUACGUCCUAUCCCUUAAGUCGGCGAAUUUCAUCGGGGGUUAUAGUCAGUCGGCCAAGGUUCACAUCCCGCCGAACGACUACUCCUAUUCGGAUACUGGGAUGUUCUAUGACGAAGACACAGAAACCUGGUAUCUCCUAACUAGCGCCGACCACAACAUCGUGCAAAUCAACCGCAUCAACAGCGACGGUGCGCUAGGCGACAAGGUUUCAGAUCUGAGAGGCGGAGCCUACGAAGCGCCGGGCAUCGUGAAGGCCGACGGGGUCUACUUCCUGAUCGUGUCGGGAAAGACCGGCUGGCGUGCCAACCCCAACAAGGUCUUCUGGUCGAAUUCGAUCAACGGCCCUUGGGCGGGAGGGUCGGACAUCGCGCCGCAGGACCAGAAGACGUACGGCUCGCAAAACACGUUCGAGCUGACGGUCAAGGGCUCGCAGAGGACCACGUACAUCUACAUGGGCGACGCUUGGGACUCUAAAGGAGGUGCCAGCUCGAACUACGUGUGGGCGCCCCUGAACAUUAAUGCCGGGUCGCACUCGGUUCAGAUCGACUACCAUUCGAUGUGGAAAGUCGAUGUCAAGACUGGAGUAGUCUCUUACCCUAGUACCCAGAAGCGCUACGAAGCGGAGCACGCAGUGCUGUCGGGCAGGACAGUGGUGAAAGAUUGCAGUGAGUGUCUAAGCAAGCGGUCUGUACACGGAGUCGGCGACUCAAGCGAGGUGACCUUCCACAACGUCACGGGCACGGGAUCUCGCCAGUGGUUCUCUUUCCACUACCGAGUCACCAACCCAGAAGCUGGCGAGGCUCACAUUUUUGUCAACGACGAGCCGCCUGUCAACAUCUCGAGCCUAAACUCCCGCGCGGGAUACCACGCCUCUACUCCGGUCCAGCUUACUCUGAAGCGCGGCGACGUGAACACCAUCACGUUUGGAGCAACGGGUUCCGACGGAUUCGAAGUGUCCGUAGACGGAAUUGAGCUUUUCGAGGAGGAUGAGGAGUGAAGUAGCAGGCAUUUGCUAUUUCAUUAGGGUCAUGUUGGAUUCUCAGUAUAUAUUACUUUGAUCAAUAUUAAGAAUUCGAUCGAUACUUUGAUUAUCUGUAACGAUUUACGCGGGAUUAAUUUUUAUUUUCAUGAUUGAAUUGAUAUGCUACCUAUUCAAAAUGAAAUGUGAAAUCGCAUUGAAGAUUUUGAAGAUGUUGAAG